AUUCAAGUCAGUGCUAUAUAAAACAUAUAACUUAAUAGCUAGUGGCGGCAGUUGGCCCGUUCUGCGAAAUUCCAGCUUGUUCCUUUGUUUGAUCACCAAACUGUGUAAAUAUGGCCAAAAUGUUGCGCAGACGUAAUUGGCGAGAGCAUAAUGCCAAUAUUUGCUGAGACAUUUCGCCAAUUGUCUUGGCCACAUAUAAAACUGCCAGCGUCCGAAAUGGCAUUCACCACAGCAACAGCAUCAGGCAGCACACACACACACUAUGAAGGCAGGACAACUGGCACUCCGCAUCCUGGCGAUAAGCCUGUGCAUCUGGCUAACCACCGCCACGACCACAACCUCGACGACCACCACCACCACCGACGCCACCACCACGACGACGACGACGACGGAUGCCACCACAACCACCACCACCACGACGGCCUCCUCGUCCUCCUCCUCGAAGGUCCAUCGCAAGCGGUUCAGGAUCAAGAAUCUCAAGUACUCGAUCAAGCGCAAGGUGCGUGUCUACAAGAACGGCUCCAGCUCCAGCUCCAGCUCCAAAUCCAAGAAGCGCUCGGGCAGGCGGGUCAGUUCGCGCCGGGUCAACCAGCUGCUCCGCCGCCGCAAUCAGGGAUGAGUUCCCAAAGCCAUAACGAGUCAUAUCAAUUCGCGCAAUAAAAGCUACACUCCAAACAAACACCUAAAUAUUUAAAACAAAAAUAAUAAUGUGAUUGAAGCAAUUGGAAGGUAAG